GUAAACAUCGAAGAACCAGAAAAAAAUUAAUAUUGAUGGGAAUAGAAGCUUUGGCUCGUGAAAUAACGGCGGUUUGAUAGAAUCCGUCCAAUUGUAUUUUUCGUAAUACGUAAUAUUUGUCUUAGCGUAUAGAAGGAAUAAUGAGUACUGUUUUAAAAGUAGAACGUCUAGACUCGGAAGAAACACAGCCAACGAAUUUUCAGUCCGAAUUCACUCCACCCCGGUUACAAAUCCUUCUUAAGUACAUCCGCAUCAAUCCUGACUUCCUGCGGCAACCUGCCUUAUUUCCACGUACUCUCAACUUAGUACGUGGUGACCUUGCUGGGAAUGAUCUUAAAUUAUCCAGCUCUGAAUUACUGAAAGCUAUAGAAUGCUGGAAGGAGCGAGUAGCACAAUCGGACCAAGUCACCCUUGUUGGUCGUUCGCCGGACAGCGAAUUGAAGCGUCUUUUGGCAGCCAUCGAGUCUCGUUUGACUCACACCCAGAUUACAUUAAUUCUGCAACAUUUGGAAGUGGUUGGUACCGACAGCGAUACGCUGUGGCCCACGAUUGCAGUGGAGAUGCGAGCACUGAAAGUUCCGUCCCGUCCCGAGGUAUAUUGGCGAAGAAGUUUUGAACAGUGGACACAGGAAACUCGACAACGGUACACGGAAGACGCUGAAAGUUUAUCAGCACUUCAACAGAGGUAUAUUGAUUUUUUGCGCGAAAGAAACGAGCUGCCAGAGGAUACACCAACUGAUUCGGCGGUGGGAAUCGAUGCGUUCGAACUGGUUAUCAAUCAUUGUCGGACGUGCUUGAAAGUGCUUAAAGUGGGCAGUCCAAAGCAAUAUUUGUUUGAAGCUCGCGGAGGAACCAUGACCUUGUCGGAUAAGAUAAAUUUCUGUUUCGGAACUGAGAUGAGCAUCGAUGAUAGACUUCCAAAGUACACUUGCGGUGAAUGCGUUGGCAAGGUGGAGGUGGCUUAUCUUCUCAAAAUACAGAUUGAACAAACCGAUGAUGAGUUGAGGAACUUGAUGGAGGAAUAUGAAAGUGGUGCAAACGAUGAAAGUGCAAUAAUGGAAAAAGUUCACUUAACGGAAGACACGGAAGAGCAUAUUGAAUCUUUAGAAGUUAUUGAAGAGCAAGUAGUCAUGCAUGAUGUACCUGAUGAACAAAUUCAGCUGUUUGAAGUUGCCUUAACAGAGGAAGGGGUGGACAUCAGAAAUAGUGACGUUCAGGAAAAACCAGAACCCAAACGAGUUAUUCUGAAACAGGAAUCUGAUACAAAUAAUACGGAAAUUACCGAAGAAUCCUCAGAGACCUACGAAAAUACGGGACAUGAAGAAGCUGUUUAUACCAGCACACACGAAGGAUUCUCAAUCAGCAUAUACGAUGUUCCAGCGAAAACCGAAGAGCAACCUAAACUGGGGCGAAGAAAAUCGCGAAACAAAAUUAUUCCCAGUAUGCCGCAAGAUUUUUUCCAAUGUGAGCAAUGUCGAGCUGUUUUCAGAACAUUCGAUCUAUGGCAGAGUCACAAAUCCAGACACGACCUGGAGAAGCGCUACUCGUGUCCUGUAUGCUCGAAGCAAUUCCGAUCGGCGUCCACCCUGAGGGUGCAUCGACGAACGCACACGAAUGAGCGGCCUUACGUUUGUAAUGUAUGCGGUAAGGCUUUUCGGACAUAUAGUCAGAUAAAGGCACAUGGUCACGUACAUAAACCGGAAGAGAGACCGAUAAAGUGCGAUCACUGUUCCUAUCGGACUGCAACGCAAUCUUCUCUAGUCAUUCAUUUAAGGUCCCAUUUGAGUACAAAACCGUAUGCUUGCCCGUUUUGCAAGGUCGGAUUUGGAACUUCCAGUAACAUGCAUAAGCACGUUCGGAACAUGCACGAAAAGCUAAGACCAUUUAAGUGCGAACAGUGCGACAAAACAUUCACUACCAAAGAAACGGUUCAGAAGCAUAUGGUCACCCACACACGAACCAAACCGUAUCCGUGUCCGGUGUGUAACUUUACGUACAGUUGGUACAAUGGAAUGCAGAAACACAUGAAAUCAGUACACCCGGGGAUACCUAUACCUACGGAAAAGACCAUGUUCGAUAGGUACAAUGAGGAGCAGAAGGUGAAGAUUGACGAGGUACUAGAAUAAAAUG